CCACCAACCAUGGCCGGCCAGCAGCGCUACCUUCGCUACAUCGUAUUUGCCCUAGUGUGUCUAGUCCUUCUCCUCUUCAUCUCGUCGUCCUCGUCUGUACCCACGGCACACUGGCCCACGUCCAAGCCAAAGACGGAGGAUGUAAAGGCCUCGCAACCCUCCGCGGCUGCCCAGGAUGCGCUCAAGCCCGCAACCCCUCCCACCACUCCCAACCCUCACUCCAGUCUGUCUCCCGCCACUGCUUCUGGCGAUCGCAUGAAUGCUACCUUUGUCACACUGGCUCGUAACGAGGAUCUAUGGGAAAUCAUCAAAUCCAUCCGCAGUGUCGAGGACCGAUUCAACCGCAACUACAACUACGACUGGGUUUUCCUCAACGACAAGGAGUUCAGCGACGAAUUCAAGCGGACCACUACCGCAAUUGUCUCUGGAAAAACGAAAUAUGGUCUGAUUCCCAAGGAACACUGGUCUUUCCCCGAUUUCAUUGAUCAGGACAGAGCUGCCAAGGUUCGUGAGGAGAUGAAGGAAGCGCAGAUCAUCUACGGCGACUCCAUCUCGUACCGACACAUGUGCCGCUACGAAUCUGGCUUCUUCUUCCGCCACAAAUUGCUCUUGGAUUACGAAUGGUACUGGCGUGUAGAGCCCAGUGUUUCCUUCCACUGUGACAUCAGCUACGACCCAUUCAAAUUCAUGGCCGAUAAGAAGAAAACGUACAGUUUCACUAUCAGCUUGCACGAAUACGAAGCAACAAUCCCAACGCUCUGGAGCACCGUCAAGAACUUCACUAAGACGCACCCCCAGUACGUUUCCGAAGACAACUCUAUGGCAUGGAUCAGUGACGACAACGGCGAGACGUACAACAACUGCCAUUUCUGGUCCAACUUCGAAAUCGGUAACCUGAACUGGCUCCGCUCUAAGCCGUACCUUGAUUUCUUUGAAGCUCUCGAUCAAGCUGGCGGUUUCUUCUACGAGCGCUGGGGUGACGCGCCCGUGCAUUCGAUUGCUGCUGCUCUCUUCCUCAAGAAGGAUCAGAUUCAUUUCUUCAACGACAUCGCUUAUACUCACGUACCCUUUACCCACUGCCCAACAGGCGAACAGUUCCGCCUUGACCAUAAAUGCACUUGCCAAUCAGAGGACAACUUCGACUGGAAAGGAUACAGCUGUACCGACAAGUACUACGAAGUCAUGGACAUGGAGCGACCAGUAGGGUACGAAAGGGAGCAAGACUAA